AUGAGUCACAACACUUCUAGCCUGAUCGCCGAUGAACUUGACGAGAGCCUCUGGCACGCCCCUGCGGAACAGGAAGCAGUCGGCAACUCAUCCAAUGCCCCAAAACACACAUACCACGAACAAGAAGAAUAUGAAGAAAGCCUGCGUCAAGAACUACAGGGCGUCCGCCAGGCUAAUGAGGCUAUUGAGGGUGUGAUUCAGAGUCUCCACAAGGCCAAAAGCAACAUGAAGACCGUGAAUAACACUGUCUCCGCUGCGUCAAGCCUGCUUAAUACGUGGACAAAGAUCUUAUCUCAGACAGAACACAAUCAGCGUCUUAUCCUUGACCCCUCAUGGCAGGGUACCAGUCAAGAUAUUGCAGACAUCGACGAGGAAGCCAUGGAGAAAAAGCGCGCUGCCGAGCGACGAGAAGCGGAGCAGGAGGAGAAAAAGAGAGCGGCGGCAAAACAAGCGGAGGAGGAAGAAAGGCGCAGGACCGAGGCGGCCACCAAGCCCGCAAGAGCGACUUCGCGCGGUACAGGAAGGGUUGGCAUCGCUGGGAGAGGCUCCGCUGCAAGCACACAGUCCUCGUCAUACGUACAAUUGGGCGGGUCUAAUACCAGCGGUAUAAAGCGAGGGGCAGUUUCCAGCAGAAGAAUCGCAUCAGGACUUGGGCGAGGAGCAGCUGGCAGAGCCUCUAGAGGACGUGGUUGA